AUGGAUAGAAUUAAGAAACUUGUUAGUUGUAAAAUAUACAUUAUCGGUGACGAGGAUACUGUGGUGGGAUUCCUUCUGGCAGGAGUAGGAAGCAAGGAUGGCCUCGGGAGGACCAAUUAUACCAUCGUAACGCCAAAGUUCACGAAGGCCCAGAUCGAAGAAAUUUUUAAAUUAUACGUCGAACGUGACGACUGCGGCAUAAUAAUAAUAAACCAACACAUAGCAGAAAUGAUAAGGCCAUUGCUGGACCUACACGAUAAAUUUGUGCCGACAAUACUGGAGAUACCCAGCAAGGAGCAGCCGUAUGACCCAAGCAAGGACUCGGUGAUGCAAAAAAUUAAGUUAUUCUUCGGGGAGAAUAACUAG